AUGAAAAUGCUGAAUACAGAAGAAAUUAACUCAGAAGAAAGUGUUGACAGUUUGUCAGAAAGUAUCUCCUCUAAUUCAGUUGAAAGCACCUAUGCCAUUGAUUCUAUAAACGAUGCUAUAAUAAUGUUGACCAAUGAACCGAUCUUUUCAAAUCUAUUCUCUGAAGAUGAACAAAAAUGGUUAGAAAAAUUUAAGUGUACUUCAAAUAAGUCUAAAUCACUAGCUCUUCGUUUAUAUGGUCGAUCACAGAAAAUUUUUCGAAAAAUCGAUAUUUUAAAAUUGAUUCAGAAUGAUGCGGAUCAGUGUUUGAAUGAAUUAAACACUUUAGGUUUAUUGUCUACAGAUUUACAGGUACUGUCUGUGGAUUUAUUGAUUGACUCACUCAAUCGUCAAGAAUUAGAUCAAUUGGCAGGAAUGUAUAAUAUUAAAAACUACAAAAGCCUGGUUAUGUCACAGUUGAAGCAUACUUUAUUGAAAACAUCAUCUGUUUCUCCUAUGGCUUUGUUUUUCAAAGUUCCCACACCACCAAAGGAUAGACUUAAAAGUCAAAUUAUUCGCAUUCUUGAUGGCUGUUGGCGUGUUGAUGAAUCCAGGAUGCAGUUAAUCACGCGAAUAAUUUGGUUGACAUCUCUAGGCUCUGAAUCAGCUUAUAACAGACCGAAUAAACUGCAUUCAAUUGAAGCUUUGUUGAAAACAGAAUUAUAUGCAAUGCUGCUUGUUCGUCGUAAAGAAUUAAUCUAUCCAACGUAUAUAUUGAAUCGUAAAUCCACUAUCUAUCGUACCAGUGAUGAAUUACAAAAAUUUCUAGAAUUUAUGCAAUUAGAAAUCAGACUGGAAUAUUUGACAUCACAAAAAUCCUAUGACAGUGCUUUAAAAUUAUGCCUGGACAAGAAACCGGAAUUGAUUCAUGAAAUUACAAAUCUAUCAUGUCGUCGUAUCGAUCUGCCACAAUUCUUACGACGUUUCACCUCACCCUAUCGUGCACUACGCUGUCUACUCUUAAUGAUUGAUAUAUAUGAACGUCAGAGGAGUUAUUCAGAAGCAACUGAAUUGAUUGAAUUGCUACUAUCUUUAUCAUGGUCAAAUUGUGAUGAUCCGUUUUUGAAGAUUGCUUCAUCAUCAACAUCAUCGCCAACGUUGUCGCAUUGUGUUUUAGAUCAAUUAGGUCCAUGUCGUUUAGGUCAUCUACUGAAUCGAUAUAUAAUUAAUCAAGCCACGCAUAGAAAACAACCAAUACAUGCACUGAAACAUAUUCAUAAUUAUUUUAAAUUAUAUAAUAAUUGUUUAUGCCUUAGAGCUGGGCGUCGUUUAACAAUUUGUGAUCAAUUGAUUAAAUUGUAUAAUAAUAUACUGAAAGAAGUAAAGCAGAAACAGUGUACAGUGAAAACUAUUCAUACAACAACUAUGGAUAGUGAUAAUGAUAAUCAUGAUAAUGACGACGGUGAUGGUGACGGUGACGGUGAUAAGAAGAUCAAGAGUAAAGCACAUUGUAAGAAACGACGACGUAUUGUAAAGCCAAAGAAUGAUAACAUUAAAAAUUGCAAUCGUAAUAAUUAUAAAGAUAAUUGUGAUCCUAAAAUUGAAGAAGAUUUAUUGACAAGUAUUCCUGCUCUUCAAAUGGAUAUAAAAGAAGCACCUAAGGUUGAAAUAGUUGCACCAGUCAAUGCAACCGCUAAAGAAAUUGGUACAAAUCGUCCACAUUACGUGUGGUUUGAAACACUUUCACCUAGUAAACUACAAAAGGAUCAAAAGUCACACGAGAAACGUAAUACCUUAUUACUUACAGUUGAACAAUGGACUGUACGCUAUUAUAUGGCAAAUAAAAACUUUGAACGUGGCAUACACUGUGAAUCACAGAUUUAUCAUCUCUUAUUCACUAUACUAUUCUAUGAUAUUUUAUUUGAAAUAUCACCUUGUCCAAUGGAUGUAUUUUAUUCCUAUCGACAGUCAGCACCGUUAGAUUUAUUUACAGAUGAAUUUUACCAAUCAAGAAAAGGUUUAAUUGAUGCUAGACUUGAAUGGAUUAUUAAUGCGGAAGAGUUAGAUAAUGAAUCUUCAAAUUCAGUUGAAUUUCGAAUAACAACCUAUUGGAAUGAACAUCAUGGGGAAAAUUGUCUAUGGACCAGCUGGGAUUUACUUAAUAAUUCACAAGAACUUAUAGAUAUAUUCUGGUGUCUUGGUCCACAAUGUGUUCAUAGUGUAUGCCAAAAAUUGGCUACAGACUAUAGAAGUUGGAGAUCAGGUCUUCCUGAUUUAUUACUUUGGAGUCCUAUGGAAAAACGAGCUAAAAUUGUCGAAGUUAAAGGUCCUGGUGAUCAUUUAUCUAAUCAACAAAUUAUGUGGCUUGAUGUAUUUGUUAGAGCUAAGGCUGAUGUUGAAAUAUGCUUAGUAUCAGCAAAGGGAAUCAAAUCACUCAAUUCCAAUUUCAAAACAAUCUCAAAUGUGGUCGAUGAAAGAAGUUAA